AUGUCGACUCUCAGCAUUGAUGAGUCGGAGCUCAUACGAGCAUCUAUCUCAGCAUGCGCAUCAUCGCAACACUCUCAAACACCCGCGAUCCCAUUGCCCGCUGUCCUAGUGUGCCUAACCACGCUUCCUUGGGAGCUCCAGCUCGAAAUCGCAUCGCAUCUCGACGUUCGCAACAUCAUUCUUCUACGCCAGACCUGUCAUCUGUAUCGCGACUAUUUCACCGUCGAUGCCAUCGACAAGCUAUUCACCAAUCAAGGACGUGUUGACGAGCUUCGUUUCUGCUGCUACAAAUGCCUCACCAUACCCGCUUCUAGGGAUCUAGUCCUCGACAAGACGCGCGGGCCCAACCAGUGGCGUUCGCUAUGUUUCAUUUGCUGGCGUAUCGACCAUAGCCCCUCCAUCCACGAUGCCACCCGAGAGGCCUACGACAUCCAGUUUUCGAACAACCGCCACGGACACGUAUGUCUCUGGUGUGGCUGGCCGACGUUCUUCAAUUAUUAUCACGUCAGGUGUGGGGAUAUAUUCGAUGCUACGGACAACUUUUGGUGGUGUAUGGCCUCGCUCCGUUGCACCAUGCUGGCUGUAGUUUCCGGUACUAUCUGGUUCCAUUACACUGGUAAUUACCAGGUUGUUAUACCUGCCAUGUUAAACUUCUUCACGUCGUUCGUGGUCGUCUUUCUUGUCAGCCUAUACUACUUCAGGUGGGGAUGUACUACUCCUUUGCGCGUCCCCAUCGAGGUUAUGAUGACACUUGCUUGGAUCCCGGCCGUGGUGUACGCUGCGCAAGAUCUCGCCAACAACAAAGAAAACCCGGAUCAAUACUCAUACCUCGUAUGUACGGUAUUCGUGGCGAGAUGCUUCAUUUACUUUCUAAAUCUUCUUUGCGAAGCUAUGUUGGUGCUCGGAUAUAACCCAAGGGACUUCGCACACCCGGGUAUCUCGGAGAGACGUAAGCUCCUGUAUGUUUUCUGUUCGUUCAUGGUGUACUGGGGUGUCGCCAGGUAUCGUAGAUUCAGAUUGAAGAAGAUCAAGCGUGGGACGGUGUGA